AUGUCUAGAAAGAAGGUAGCUGCUGGUGGUAGACCAGCGUCGUCCUUGGGCAAUAGAUCCAAAGAUGAUAACAAUAUGCUGGAAGCUCUGAAGUUCUACGAGAAUAAGAACUAUAAGAGGUCGCUGAAAAUCCUGGACACUGUUCUGAAAAAAAACCCUGGUCACGUUGAAUCACUGGCCCUGAAAGGGCUGAACUACUUGUUCAUCGAGCAGCGUAGCGAAGCAGCCACAUAUAUCGAGAAGGCUGUGUCGAAAAUAGUGGGCACGGCAGCGCCGCCUAUCUGCUGCCACCUUCUGGGCAUUUAUUAUCGGCAGGUUAAAGAUUACGUGGAGGCGAUCAAGUGGUUCCAAGCAUCGCUGGAUAACGGAUCAACCAACAAGCAGAUAUACAGGGAUCUUUCCAGCUUGCAGUCGCAGGUUGGUGAUUGGAAGGGAUUGCUUGGUUCUCGGCAGCAGUACUGGGAAAACUUUAUGGGCUACCGUGCCAAUUGGACAUCCUUGGCGACUGCGCAUGAUCUGAAUGGUCAGUAUACCGAGGGUGCACAACUACUUUCGCGUUUUGAGGAGCUCGCCAAGGGAAAGCUCAGCGAGGCAGAGGCAUACGAGCACAGUGAAUGCCUGAUGUACAAAAACGACUUGUUGUACAAGGCUGCCGCCGACGAUUCUGCGAAACUGCGUGAGGUUUUGGCUCACCUGGAUGAAAUCGAAAAUGAGGUGUUUGACAAGUAUGCUUGGUAUGAACGGCGCGCCGCUGUGUACAUGAGGCUUGGCUGCACCAAGGAAGCCUCGCAGGUUUACAGAAUUUUGAUAAAGAGAAACCCUGAUAACUUCAAGUACUACCGAUUCCUAGAGGUUGCGCUGGGCAUCCAGGGGAAUGGCAAGAUCAAGAAAGCGCUGUACGAGAAGUUGGAACGUUUCUACCCAAGGGCGGAGCCACCGAAAUUCAUUCCUCUCACUUUCAUAAACCAUCCUGAGGAGCUUGAAAAGAAACUGGAAGCUUAUAUUCUUGGUCAACUGUGCCGCGGUGUCCCUGCAGCCUUUAACAAUAUUAAGCCACUUUAUGUCAAGCGGAAUGCCGUCGUUCCAUCCAUUUCCGAAAAAAUCGUCACACGCUACUUCCAGUCAAUCGACGGCACGGCAUCUCCUAUUCAGUAUGUUUGGACAGCCUAUUACCUUGCCCAGCACUUCCUAUUUUUGAAGAAUUUUGUUCGGGCGCAGGAGUGCAUUGAUCUUGCAAUAAACCAUACACCAACCUUGGUUGAAUUAUACAUUUUGAAAGCGCGCAUCCUCAAGCAUGUUGGCUUAUUGAAGGAAGCCGCUGAGGUAAUUGAUGAGGGAAGAAAAUUGGACUUGCAGGACCGUUUCGUCAACACUAAGACCGUAAAGUACUUUUUGAGGGCUAAUAUGAUUGACAAAGCUGUCGAAGUCGUGUCUCUGUUCACGAAGAACGACAAUACUGCUAAUGGUGUCAAGGACUUGCACUUGAUGGAGGCGUCCUGGUUUAUUGUUGAACAGGCUGAGGCUUAUUACAGGUUGAGUAUUGAGGCGGCUAAGAAACUAGAAGCGUUGAAGGAACUGCCUCCAUCUGAAGAUGAGGAGAGCCAGGAAACUCGUUUUGCAGAGAUCAGGGAGCAAGAGUAUCAAAUGAAGAAAUUUAAAGGCCUAUCAUUAAAACGAUUUUCAGCGAUACCAAAGAUCUACAAGCAGUUUGAAGAUGAUAAAUUAGACUUCCACUCCUAUUGUAUGAGAAAAGGAACGCCUAGGGCUUAUAUGGAAAUGCUGAGGUGGGGUGACCAGAUAUUUGUUAAGCCCAUGUAUGUGAGAGCCCUCGUAGGCGUGGCCGAUAUUUAUUUCUCCUUGGACGAUGAAUUGCGCGCAACCGCAGACAGCGGCGACGCGCUAGUGGAUGCAAACAAACGUUCUAAUCGCAAGGCGAGGAAGGUAGCUGCAGCGUUAAACAAGCGGAAGGGGACUGAAAGGAAUCAAGUUCUGGCUUAUUCAGGGGACGAGGAUCCUUUUGGAGAUGCAUUGCUUGCCACAAAAUCCCCCGUACAAGAUUUCUACGAUGAGUUUUACAAAUGGUAUGCCAGUCAGGUCCGUAGUAAUGACAUGUGCUACGAUCUAGACUUCAGAUACCAUCUAAAAUGUGGGAAAACGGCGCCAGCCUUGGGGGCCCUGACCAAGAUGGUCAAGUACCACAGUGCUGAAAGCGCUAUGACUGGUGCAAUGGUGUUGAGCCUGGCAAAUGUGAUCAGGGACUCAAGUCCUUAUGAUUUGAUUGCCAAGAAGGUCGCUGCAAAGGGCCUAGAAACUGAAUUUCCAAGUAUGCCACUAGAUAAAGUAAGCGACCCUACUUUCAAUUGGCUGGAAUACUUGACCAGCAACUUCAGUGUUAAUGUUGACUCGCUAGUUUUCCUCUACCGCAUGAACCUGGGUAUCCUACCACCAACUGAGAUCAAAAACGUGCUACUUGAGCAUUUAUCUGAGGUCGAUCCGUAUCUGCAAAAUCAGAUCCUCCAAUAUGUGCUCUAA